ACUGUCACAUUGGAGGAGGAAGAAGAGCAGACUGGAGAUCUGAUUAACACCAGAGACCGACCAGACUCUUACUCUGAAAGUGGGACGUGUCCCGCCGAGGAACCAGACCCAGUGAUGUCCAAAUCAGCAAGACCACAUCACUGCUCUCAGUGCGGAAAGAGAUUUAUCCAGUUAGGGCACCUGAAAAAACAUAAGAGAACGCACACAGGAGAGAAGCCUUAUCACUGCUUUCAAUGUGAAAAGAGAUUUUCCUCAUCAGGUUCCCUGAAAUCACAUGAGAGAAUACACUCAGGAGUGAAGCCUUUCCAAUGCUCCCAGUGUGGAAAGAGAUUUUCCUCGUCAGGUUCCCUGAAAUCACAUGAGAGAAUACACUCAGGAGAGAAGCCGUUCCAAUGCUCCCUGUGUGGAAAGAGAUUCUCCCGGUCAUCGCAUCUUAAAUUGCAUAAGAGUGUACACACAGGAGAAAAACCUUUCCAAUGCUCCCAGUGUGGAAGUAGUUUUACCUCAUCAGAUUCCCUGAAAAGACAUAUAGGUUUACACUCUGGAGAAAAGCCUUACUACUGCUCAGACUGUGGGAAGAGAUUUAGCCGGUUAAACGGCCUGAAACGACAUGAGAGAAUACACACUGGGAAGCCCUACCAAUGCUCCCAGUGUCAAAAUAGUUUUUCCCAGCCCGCUUACCUGAAAUACCAUGAAAGAACACACACGGGAGAGAAGCCUUACCAUUGCUCACAGUGCGGAAAGAAUUUCACCAUGUCAUGUAACUUAAAAACACAUGAGAGAAUACACUCAGGAGAGAAGCCCUAUCAAUGCUCCCAGUGUGGAAAGAGUUUUAACCAGCUAGGGAGUCUGAAAAUACAUGAGCGAGCACACACAGCGGAGAAGCCUUACCACUGCUCCCAGUGUGGAAAGAGUUUUAAGAAAUUAGGCAAACUGAAACAGCAUGAGAAAGUACACACAAGCGUGAAGCCUUUUGGAAUUACUCCCACUGUGGAAUAAAAUUAACAUGAGCUAACAAACUCUGUAGAGUAGCCUUUACACUGAUCCUACUGUGGAAUGAGAUUUACCUUUGUAAGGCAACUGACAGAGCAUGAAAGAAUCCACACUAAAGAGAAACAAUAUCAAUGCUCUCAGUGUGGAGAGAUAUUUACCCAGUUAGGGAACCUGAAGGACCAUGAGGUAACAAACACAUGGGAGAAGAGAACAGGGGAGAAGCCUUACCACUACUCCCAGUGUGGAAAGAGCUCUAGUACAUCACACAUACUUGAGAGAACAUACUUGACAUACUUGAAAGAACAAGUGCUCCUAUUAUCUCAUAUUUGUUACAGAAAAUGUGUGCUUUUUGUUAUGCCAUAUGAAAUCUAAUUGGAUAAAGUCUACUAAAAAAUAAUUGGUAUGUUUUAAAACAAAUCUCAAGACAUGAAUUCUUGAGUAUAGAGCACAUCAGAAUCAAUUUGUAUGCUUUAUGUGAUUAAAUUGUUAUUUUCAAA